AUGUCAAACCUCAGGUCAUCAGCUGGCAACCAACCUCUAGAACGUUCCGGUCUGAUCCAUCGUGUUAGUGCUUUGCCAAAAGACGUGAUUUAUGAAUUUGCGACCAUCACGACCACAACACUGACCUACCAAAACACCAUCGCAACAUAUCCAAGGCUAUUGCUUAGCAUCAUCAACUUCAGUCAGAGAAUCCACGAUGCCAUCUCCGAGAACAAAUUCAUCGAGAACUUCGACGACGACGAGUCAGACCCACCCUCGCCAGCACCACCCGCAUCACCACCAUCUCCAAAACGUCCAUCUAGACCAAACAUCUUCUCGGAUGCGCUUGCUGAAAGGUUUUCUGCUAUGGUGCUUAGGACGCAGCCUCGGGCACCGACACAGGUCCAUGCACCUGAUGCUGUUCAGGGUAGUGGGUCAAGUGCUGUGGCUGUUGAAACGCUUGUUCAAAGAGCAAUGGAUGCUUUUGAUUGGCUGCAAGAGGUCAAUCCUGAAGGGAGUCUGGAGGAGAGCAGUGCACUGGUCACCGAACAAGGUACUAGUCAGCACGAACAACAAGAACCAUCAGCCAAAACUGCCAACGUCUUCCUACAUCAGCUCUUUGACAAAGUCCUCGAAAAACAAAAAGUAACCCCAGAAGAGAUGCGCCAGUCCACCAAGUACAUCAAAGAAAGCAUCCAAAUACUCGAGCAAGAUCUCGAAGUCUUUGCCGAAGAACGACUCCAAAUCUCUCUGGAGCUCCAGAAAUGGUUCGUCAUUCACAAACACGACAGUGACUGGGAAACAAAGACCUAUUGCUCCAAGUGCUUGCUACUUUUCGAGCAGAUUGAUGAGCUUUACUUUGCGGCCUUUUCGAACGUCAGAGAUAUGAUGGAAGUACUCGAGAAAGGUCUCAGGGCAUCUGCCCUGUUUUACAAAAGCGAUGACAUGCCUGAUUCGGACUUUGCGCAAAUCCAAACUCUCGGUGAAUUCUGUGCGCCACUUUUGCAACAUCUGGAAUCAACUGAGCGUAUGCUGCAAGCCUUAGAGGACGAUGCUGAGGAUAGGAAGGGUUGGCCACAGGUGUAUUCAAGCGAAGAAUACUCUUCAAUGAUCUCGCAACUUGAGGAUGAUCAGGAUGAAAACCCACAAUCGAAGAGCGACCAAACCAAGGCCAAAGCCAAUGCCAAGUCAUCAGCCAUGUACUUUUCCCAGGUCAACAAGGUCUUCGGCAAUGAAGUCAUUCCUCUUGCGGAAGUUGGACACAUUAUCGGAAAAAAUAAUCAGGUCUUAUUCGCCAUCAAUACCAUCGGUGACGUCUCGGCUCAGCAAUGGUCAAAGUCCGAUGGUCAGUGGUUCCGCAUUGGUCAUUUCUCCAAGUUCUCCAAGUGCAUCAAGGGCACUCUCGCCUUGCAUCAGUUGAAAGAUGAGUUAGCGCAGUCUGUACCUGCUUUACCUCGGAAUGGCCUUGCGUACUUCAAGGCACUUGCAAGGCAACAUGAGGCAUCUAUGAUGAAUAUCGAUUUUGGCCUAGAGCAGCUCCAAGCUUGUCUGAGGAAUGUUUCUUCCAAUGGUACUGGCCAAGAAGUCGCAAACACUCCAGCAGACGUCGGAUCUACAGCUCGACCGCAGGCUGAGCCAGUUACUGCUGAGAUGGCGAACGAAGACCAGGAUGCUGAGAUCCACGAUCCCAAGUCGCAACAGGUGAACAGCAAAAAGAGCAAGUCGAAGAAGCAGAAGAAGAAGGGCAGGCGAUGA